GAAGACUAUUCUGGAGAAAGGAGGUCUGACAGCAGCGAGGCGAGGUCCCAACUGCCCUCCUUAACUGGGCCCGAAGGAGAAGUUUAGCAACAGCUAUGGAAGGGCAUGGGAAAAGUGUUGGUCAAUUUAAAUUUCGAAUACCAAAGAAGAAAGCAAAUGCACAAUCAGAUGAUGUCCAUAAUCAGUCCCCAUUGUCCAGACUCCCAGAUUCACACCUAUGGGACUACUCUUUAAAAGAGUGGAAGUUGGAAACUAGAAAUAAUUUGUAUCACUCAAACUGGAUGAGAAAAAGACCCUUUGAGAAACGUCACAUAAAUGAUGAAGGAGCGGCAUUUGGGCAACCCAGAGUUAUGUUGACGAAUGUCCUGAAGACGGAAAUAGGAAGAAAAUACAUAAAGACACAGCGUAUAACUGGUGCUAAUUUAUCUCAUGCUGUCAAGUUGCAGUCAGCUCGGCAAACAUCACCAUCUGUUGACAGUAUAGAGAUAUGGCAAAUAUUAAGUUCUUCUCACCAAAGCUUUUUUAUAUCUAAAAGGCUACCCAAAGUUACCUUGACGAAUGUUCUGAGGACGAGAACAGGAAGAAAAUACGUGCAAACUCCUCUUUUAGCUGAUGCAAAUCUAUCUGAUGCUAGCAACUUGCAAUCAGAUGAAGAGCCCUCCUCAUCUGUUGCCAGCCUAGAAUCAUGUCAAAAAAUAAGUACUCAACAAAGCUGUUUUUUAUCAAAAAGGUAUAGAAGAUACCAGAGAAAACCAGAUGACCAUCUUCUGAAACCCUCUAAAGGUACAGAAAGUAGCAAUUCAAUGCUGACUCUGAGAAGAUGUGAUGUGGUGCUACAAGACUGUAGCAUAAGGAAUAAAGAAAGAGAUCAUCAAGAGAGAGGAAGAAAUGAUUCAAAGAAUGCCUCUCCUGGUUUGAGGGAAACCCGCUUUCAAAAUAAUGAAUGCAGAAAAAGAAGAGGUGAUGGUUUUUCAAGUCAGUUGAAUGUACAGUCUCCAAAAAAAUCAUCAUCGCCUAAUAGCACAGAACCAACUGAGUCACCUGGCUGCAGACGUUCAAGUGAGAAUCACCAGGAUCAUGAACAUAGCCCUCAGCAGGAAAACAUUCUCCAACCUUUAGAACUGGAGUGUCAAGAAACCUUCACCACUGCUAAUCAGGAUACUGCUCUCAGUUGUCCAGGUGAAAGCUGCUCAAACACCUCUUUCAAGAGAAAGCAGCACUCUGUCAUCAGUAAGGAUGUCCAGGUUUCACCCCCUAUCACUUCUGCUAAGAAACAAGAAGUGAAUACAACUCUGCCUUUGAAAGAGCCUGCGAAUAUAUCAGAACAGAGUAAACAGACAGCUGAUUCAGCAGAGCCAAUUGUCCUUUCUAGUGAUGAAGAAGAAGGAAAUGAUGAAACAAAUGAUAAAAAGUCACGUCUCCACACCAGGAAAGGCCACAGACCUGCAAAUAAAGAAAAAAAACAAGAAUAUGUGCAACCUUUCUCAGAAGAGCUGUCACAAGGUUUAAUUGAAAGCAAGACUGAACAAGUUUCCACUGACUUGCUUAUACAUAAGGCUACUGAAGACUGUAAGACCAGUGAACAGAUGGAUCUUGUCUUAGAUGUUAAGUUUGUCACGCUUUUUAUUGGAAACUAUAAAGGAACAGCUACAGGUUGUAUCAGAUUUACAUCAAGUUACAUUAAGAUUCCAGUUGAAGUGGCCUUUAAUAGGAAAAUGGACCUGUUAGUGGAUACCAGGCACUUAAUAAAGCUCGGACUGUGGAGUGAUAAUAAUGAUUCCUCAACUUUAAUGAGUAAUAAUAUCAUUUUUCUUUGGCUGUCAUCUAAUUAUGUGAAACAAAUUGAAAUUCAAAUAGGAACAUCUCUGCUAAACAAACAAGAAAAAGGUACUGAAUUCCUUUUCCUUAAGCUGCCCCAGUCACUCACAGAAGGGGAGCAGGUCAAGCUGACCAAAAUUAUUUUGGAAGUGAGCAAGAAGAAUUCCACUCCGGAUCUUGCUAACUUUUUGCCUUGGAAACAGGCUAUUCUGUUGCUUCAAGAUAUUUCAGCUGAAGAAAGCUCCUUCUUUGAUUAUUGUUAUGCAUCAUUUCAGCAGCAAAAGGAGAGCACUUCAGUUCUGGUGUCACCUCAGGACUCAGAAUUAAGCCUCACUAAGCCCAUUUACUCUGUGCUGCAAAAGCAAAGUGGUAGCCUGCAUUCCUAUUCAAUUUCAUCUGUUAAACAGGAUGAAUGGAAAGAAUUCCAAGAGACCAGAUCUGUUCAGUACUUGAUUGUUUAUCCUCCCCCACCUGCAAAAGGAGGACUGGGUGUCACAAGAGAGGACUUGGAGUGUUUGGAAUAUGGAGAAUUCCUCAAUGAUGUGAUCAUUGACUUUUACCUAAAGUAUCUCUUGUUGGAGAAAGCUCCCAGAAAACUUGCUGACCAGUCACACAUAUUUAGCAGUUUCUUCUACAAAUGCCUAACCAGGACAGAAAAGAACUCUGAAGAAAAUCCAAACCUUUCACUUGCACAGAGAAGACACAAAAGAGUGAAAAGAUGGACUCGACAUAUAAAUAUUUUAAAUAAAGACUACAUCUUUGUACCUGUGAAUGAAGAAUCUCAUUGGUACCUUGCGGUCAUUUGCUUCCCCUGGCUAGAAGACGUUGUUUAUGAGGACUGUUUGGGUCAGUGUUCAUUACAGUCACCCGUUCAUCAAUUUCCAGUUCAGCCAGUUAAUAAAAGUGAAACUGUUCGAACAGAAACUGUUUUGGUCUUUAAUGACAACCGGGCUGAUAAAGAAGAAAUUAAUAUAAAUAACAACCUACAACCGAACGAUAAUAUUCAAUAUGAAAGACUGUCUCCAGCACUGGAUUCUAAAAAUUUUGAAUGUCCCUCAAGCAGUUCUGAAAUCAAGAAGCUUUGUAAAAGGCCAUGUAUACUUAUAUUGGAUUCCCUGAAGGCAAAUUCCAUACAGAAUACAGUUCAAGUCUUGAGAGAAUAUUUAGAACUGGAAUGGGAAGCAAAACGCAAAAUGUCUCGUGAGUUUACCAAAUCAACAAUGGUGGAUUACUGUCCAAGAGUCCCUAAACAAGAUAACAGUAGUGAUUGUGGAGUGUAUUUACUGCAGUACGUGGAAACAUUUUUCCAGAAUCCUGUUGUUAACUUUGAACUUCCACUGCACUUAGAGCGCUGGUUCCCUCGUCAGGUUGUGAGAAACAAACGGGAAGAAAUUAGAGACUUGAUCUUGCAACUGCAUUUGCAGCAGCAGAGUGAUAGCAAGAGCUAGCUGGACUGUUCUUCCAAUCUUGCAAAAGAUUAUUUUUUUAAAUCUAAAACGACCAGAAAUCCAAUCAGAAGCAUUUGUGCCAUCAGACUUACAAUGAGGAAAAAAAACUGUGGAUCAUAUUGUUGCUCAUUUAAAUAUAUAUUUAACCUAGUGGAGUUGAAAACUUGAUCUGUAUUGCAAGCUAACAAAUUGCAGUUAUAUGUAAUUUAAAGUCAAUAUUUAUUACAUUGCGUGAUUGGAUUUUGAUUUGGCAUAUAAGAAAUGGUAUAAACGGUUAUAUGCUACAAAGAAGGGAAAAUUUGUAGUGCAUUUCCAUCUUACACAAUCCUGCACAAGAGGGAAGAAUUAAGGUGCCAUCUUAGAGAUGCUUCUCUCCCUGCCAUUUUUAAGUCAUGUGAGUGCUCCUGUACAACUCAUUCUCCAGUGGUUCAGGAGUGGAGCAGCCUGUACUAUUGGCAAUGUAGCUCCUCCUCUCUGAAGCAGGGUCAGCUAACUCUUUUGAUCGUGGAGGGGAGGGGCACCUUCCUGGUGUCUCCAGUUUUUCUGGCCCUGCUGAAGAUCAGGACAGCUCUAACUGUGCUCUCAAGAGAGCAGCUAUCCCAGCAACAAACGACAACUACAGACUUGGGAAGAAGGAUCAGAGACUAGCUUGAGGGAAGAGCAGGGUUGGUGGUCCCUCCCCUCCCUCUUCCUGAGUCUCUGAAAAAGUGGCGCAGAGUGUCUGAGCCAGCAGCCCUAGGUGCUGCCUAGAUCCAUGGUCCUCAGACUAGCCCUCCAACAACUCACUGGAUGGCAGAGGAACCAACAGUGCUAGUACAUACUAGACCCUCGGUACAACAUGGGCUCCUGACGAGGACACCAGCCAGGAGGUUAUAACCACCACCACCACUACCUUCAGACUGUUGGGAAGAGAGAUUGAGCCCGCGGAAGCCUGGCAUGGAGCGGGGAAGAGGUGAACAGACUGUGUCCUUUCACUUCAGCUCUGCCAGAAUGGUCUGCUAACCGGGACCACGCCAGCCACCUGAACCUGGUAAGGCUACCCUAUUCUAAGUGGGGGAGGAGAGGCCUGAAAAAGGGGAAUUCCCAUCACUUUUGUUUUCGCCUGCGCGCCUAAACUUUGGCAGGAAGACCUUCCCCAGAGAAGCCCAAGGGGAAAGAGGAUUCACACCCAGUUUUCCCAGAGGGAUCAGAGAGGGCUCUUUCCAAAGGGGAGGGGGUGGCACUCUCAGGGAUUCCCCUUGCAGCAGCAUUUUACAAGCUGAUAAAAGCAGAAUGAGAGGCUCCAGCGAAGCCGAAAGUCACCCAUGCAAUCUUUAAUAAGUUCUGUUCUGUAGUACCAGAGGCUGCUAAUAAAUUCAAUCUUCUCCUAGUGAACAACCCAGUGAAUAGCCUCACUUCCAAUUUAGUACUUCCUAUGGAUGCUGAAGGGCUGCCCAAGGACCCCAUGACAGAAAGAUAGAACAAGCCCUUUGCAGGGGCUUUGAAGCUUCAGCCUACUCUCUUAGAGCAUCACUGGCAAGCUCACUAUUCACAAGGGCAGCAUUUACUUGGGCUUCCGAUUUAGCCACAGCAGAGAGUAAUGUGCCUAGAGAGGUGAAGAAGGUCAAGAAGAUUGCCUUGGCAACAGCCUUUGCAGCAGACGCCUCUUUGGAUGCCAUACAACUGUCUUCCAGAGCAAUGGCCUUUAACGUGACAGCCAGACGGAACACAUGGCUCCAGAACUGGGAUGUCGAUCCCUCGGCCCGAGCCAAAGUGUCAGGAACUCCGUUUAAGGGGGUAAACCUAUUCAGAGAAGCCCUGGAUAGGUACCUAGUGGAAGACAGAGAAAAGAAAAAGGUUCUUCCAUCAAAAAAGAAGGAAGGGAAAUCUAGGAAAAGAUUUUAGUCCUUUCAAGACUCCAGACGAUCUCUGUGCACUGGCAAUACAAGACCGUUCAAGAGUCACUGGCAAUCCAAGACACAAAGUGAGAACAAAUCCUUCUCAUUCACUGUCCAACCAGUAUGCUAAAGGACCAAAAAGGGUCCAAUCAGCAUGACUAUCCAGAGAUGACAACAGCACAGGGGAUCGGGGGUUGCUUACAGAGAUUCUCACAGGUGUGGGAAAGAACUGUGACAGAUCAGACCUGGACAUAGUGACCAAUGGCUACACUCUGGAAUUAGAGUCAAUGCCCCCCCCCCCAAUCACCUUAUACAGAUUCCAAAGAACUGAUUGAACAAGAAACACCUCCUGAUUUAAAAAAAAGGCCAUCUAUGCCUCCUGAUAGAGAUAGGAGCCAUAGAACCAGUCCCAGAAGAACACAUAGCUCGGGGAGUGUAUUCGGUGUUCUUCAUGAUCCUGAAGAAGAAUGGGGACGUGAGAGUCAUUUUGGAUCUAAAAUGACUGAAUAAGUUCAUCAAGACACACAAAUUCAAAAUGGAAACCCUCAAAUCAAUUGUGGCAAUUAUUCAGGAAAAGGACUUCUUGGCAUCCAUCGGAGGCCUACUUGCAUGUUCCGAUAAGAGAGUCACACCACAAAUGUCUACGCUUUGCCUAUGACGGAAAUCACUACUAGUAUCGGCAUUACCCUUUGGCCUAAAAUCUUCACCAAGGGUGUUCACAAAGGUACUAGUAGCUCUAGUGGCGCACCUGAGGCUUUGGGGCAUAUCGUUGUUUCCAUACCUUGACAACAUCCUUAUCAAAGCCCAGUCAUUAGACAGGACUGGAAGCGGUGAAAUCCACAAUGGAUUGUUUGAGGGAUCAUGGUUUUGUGAUAAAUGAAGAGAAGGGCAUGCUACUCCCCACUCUGAGAAUAACCAAUCUGGGAGUGGUUAUAGACACAACGCAGGACAGAGUGUUCCUGUUGCAAGAGAGACAGCUGAUCUAUCCUAGACAUGAUCCAGAAGGAACCGGAAGUAGAAGUAAUGAAAUUAGCACAAUUGCUGGGGACCGUGGUCUCAUGCCAAGAGGUGGUACAGUGGUCAAAAUUUCAUGUGCACCCCCUUCAGAGGUUCUUAUUACAGUACCAAGAUAUUAUAGCCCACAAAAGACAGAAACUUAGUGAGGUUACCAACCAACCUAGCGCAAGAGCUCACCUGGUGGCAAGACCCGACAAAAUUCCUGGAAGGGCUUCUGCUCAGGGAACCAAAAAGGGUAGUCAUGACUACAGAUGCCAGCCUGUGGGGCUAGGGACCACAGACCCAGUGAAGGAUGUCCCAAAGCACUUGGAAGGAAGAGGAGAGAUCCAAGAGCAUAAUUUUGCUGGAACUCAGGGCCAUCAGGAGAGGGCUGAUGGAAUUCCAAGAUCUACUAUCAGGAAGACAUGUAUUAGUGAAAAUGGGCAACAUGACUGCCAAGGCUUAUGUCAACAGGCAAGGGGGAAUCAAAUACAGAUCACUACAUAGAGAUGCCACUGUUAUCAUGAAGUGGGCAGAGAGACAUCUCAGAUCAAUAAAGGCAAUUCAUGUGCCUGGACAGGCCUGCCAGAGAUUCAUUCAGAAAGGCAAAAAUAGACCUGUUUGCAAGCAAUCAAAACCAUCAAAUUCAGAAAUACAUAGCAAGAGAAAGAGACAACCAAGCUUGGGAAACAGAUGCUCUGAGCUGCAAUUGGCCCCACUGGCUGCUGUAUGCCUUCCCACCGAUACAACUAAUGCACAGAAUGGUGCAGAAAAUCAUUGAGCAAUGCGUGGAGAUCAUGCUGAUUGUGCCUUAUUGGCCGAGGAGAGCAUGGUUCCAGGAGCUGGUGAGACUAUUUGUCAUGGACCCAUGGCAUCUUCCCCCAAGAGAGGACCUGCUGACACAAGGGACAAUCCUACACCCUCAAGAAGCUUGACUGAAUCUCACACCCUGGAGGUUGAAUGCAGGCAGCUGAAAGAGUUGGAAUAUUCGGAGACAGUGAUCCAGACAAUGCUAUCAUCGAGAAAGAGCUCCACAAACAGGAGCUACAAUAACACUUGUCAAGUUUUUCAAGUCUGGUGUACAGAUAGAGGAAAAGAUCCUUUAAAAGCCCCAGUUAGGGAGAUUCUCUCAUUCCUACAGGAAGGUCUAGAUAAGGGGCUUAUUACCAGUACCCUUAAAAGAGAGCUAUCAGCCAUUGCAGCAGUUAGGGGUUCCAAGAAGGGUAGACUUCUUUCUCAAUACCUGCAUGUUAAGAGAUUCCUGCGGGGUACUACACUGAUCAACCUCCCAAGGGUAUAUAGAUUCCCCACAUGGAAUCUCAAUAUAGUUUUGAAAGCACUAACUAAGGAGCCCUUUGAGCCCAUGGCAUCAUGCCCCAUGAAGGAAUUGACAUUCAAACUAUUUUUCUAAUAGUUAUUACCUCAGCAAAAUGAGUAUCUGAACUUAGAGCCCUACCAGUGGAUAGGGAACUGUGUGUAUUCCAUAAAGACAAAGUGAUCUUAAAGCUGGAUCCGGUUUUCAUUCCCAAAGUAAAUUCAAUAUUUCACAGGAGUGAGGAAAUAGUUCUACCUUCAUUUUGUCCAAACCCCACACAUGAGAGGGAAAGGGAGUGGCAUUGCCUCGAUGUCUGACGGACACUAAGCUUUUAUAUGAACAGGACCAAACAGUUGAAGUCAGAGGCACUAUUUGUGUCAUUCAGGAAGUCAUCCCUAGGUAGCAGUGUAUCUACCUCCCAUUGAGCAGGUGGAUUAGGGGGUGUAUAAUCUUGGCAUAUAGGGCUAGGAACUUGGAACCACCCCAGGGUAUUACAACUCACUCACUUAGGAGAGCGGCAACCUCUGCAGUUUACAGAUCCUUCCCCUCAUUAGAAAUGGUGUAUAAAGCUGCAAUGUGGAGGUCAGUGCAUUCAUUCACCAAACAUUAUAGGAUAGACAAGAUAGCAUUGGCUAAGGCAUCCUUGGGUAGAAAAGUUCUACAACACACCUUCUAAUCUUGGAAUCCAACCAGCCCUCCCUGGGGCGCACUGCUUUGUUAUAUCCCAAUAGUAUGGACUGCCCCACUCCCGGACCACGGGAGAAUGGAAUAUUUGUCUCACUUACCGUGAAGUUUCCUUCUCAGGGGUCUGGGAGUGGGGCAGUCCGACCCACCCAAGAAAAAAGAAGGGUGGAUCUAGAAAUUGGAGGUUUCAUUGUAUAAUGGUAGGCAGAAAAAAACCUUUCAUUUAAAAAAAAUCUAGCCAUCUAAGGGUACAUAGUUGGUUAACGUAGUGUUGAAGUGGUUGACGUUUAGUUGUAAUGAAAGGGGAGAGGCUAUUCUGUUGUUGAGAGUUUACAGUUAUUUGAAGACUCAUGACUUGAGCACAAACUGGAGACACCAGGAACAAGCCCCUCCCCUCCAGGAUCAAAGGAGUUGUCUGACCCUGCUUCAGAAAGGAGGAGCUACAUUCCCAAUAGUAUGGCCUGCCCCACUUCCAGACCACCGAGAAGGAAGCUUCACAAUAAGUGAGACAAAUCUUCCAUUCCCAUGCCUAAUUCAGUAUCGUGAAAAGAUUCAUAUUCUUAGUUAUUUUGGAGUGAGGUAUAAAUGCUUCUGAUCAGCUUCUGGAUUCUUGUCAUAUACAGAUUUUCUCAGAAAUCGAAACAUAUAAAAAUUGUUGCUUUUUUGAACUCAAGAAAAUAAUGUGGAACUGGGCCUGUAAUUUUGAAAUGUAACACAAGAGGGGGCACUAAGGUUUUUUUCCACAUCCAUCUUGAUCUCAUAGACCAGAUUUGGAGUCCUAUUUUUUUCUGCUGUGCAGUACUGGUGUAUAAUAAUAUGAAUACUGUGUAUUUUAAUAAUAUAAGGCCAUAUGGUCUUUGCUGUACUAGAUACAGUAGUAGCUUACACCUUGUAAGAUAACACCGUUUCAACUAUGGCAUUUAUUUUGAGGGACAGAAAAAUUGAUUCUUAGGUAUUUAAUAAUGUAACUAGGUUUUAUAGAAAGAAAAAGUCCUGUUUUUAAAAUAAAUUUCUUGCUCAUAAGAUCAAUCUUGUUCAAAGGCAUAUUGAGUUAGAUCAUGGAUUUUUCUCCGCUGUCUAGUUUCCCCCAAAGACCCUGAAAAGCUAAUGCUGCUGUUUGGGGGAACCAUUUGGACCAAAUGCCACAAACUGCAAUGGGAUGUCAUAUGGAGGGUGAAUUGGGAAGAAUUGCCCCUCCCCUUCCUUUAUUCUACUGCUGCAGGAAGCACAUGAGAGAAUAAGCCUUCUUUUAGUGCAAGAAGGAAGAGGAACAGUUUUGACCCAUUUCCCCUUCCUGACUGCAGCUUUCCCCACUCCACCCAUUUACCUCAUAGCAUUUUGUCCACAGGGCUUCCUUGACCCAUGACGUUGGCUUUUGGGAAGGAUUUGAGGACUAUUAGUGGAAGGCAGAGAAAGAUUUGCAUUGUGAGCAUCUGUCAUUCAUGUUUCAGAGGAUCUAAUCCAAUGUGUGUUGAAAAGUUGAAUACUUGUGAUUUUUCUCCAAGUGUUUAUACCUGCCAGGGAAACUAUUUGUGGGAGAAGUUCCAUUGAACUAUAGCUUUGUGGUAUUUGAAGUUGACUUGACAUUGAAAUCCAAAUUGCUCCUGCAUCUGAUAAGAUAGAGACGCUGACUAAAUAAAUAUACAUAUUUUUCAUAAAAUCUGUUUAUUCCUGCUAGAAAGCUGCAUGCUGUGAUGAUGCUUGAGAUUUAAGAUUUGAGCAAUAUUGCAUCAUCACUGCAUGCAUCAUUCUAGCAGGUGUCCAAAAAAAUUGGAACAUUUUCAGGGAAGCAGCACUGUCUUACUGUAACCAAUGAGUGAUUGUGCAAACCAGCCAAUGGAAACAACAAAUAUUUUUAGGCUUGUACCAGUUUUCAUAAGCAAGCUCAGCAAAAAUCUGAAAAUCAGUGAAAAUCUGAAAACCUUAUGCUGUCUAUGGGGGGUUCCGCAUGAUCAAUUUUGAUCGGACUUUCUGAGCAGUCUUGCUGCAAUGGAGUCGUACGAAUCCACCACUCCCUGGUUCCACAUUAAGGCUUUUGUUUUGCAUUGACAUUUCAUUUCAUCAUGCUCAAAGUCCAUCAUGUGGAAUUUGCCAGUAUAAAAAUCGAUUCCUCAUUGCUUUUUCUGUGGGAAGUGUCGACAGACAUGCGUCUUCUUCGUUUUUUAAAUUCCCACCCCCCCAAAGUUGCUACAUAUAAAUGUUGCAUCAAACAAACACAUCUGAUAGGUCAGAGCAUUUCCCACCAAUAUAAUGGAAUAAGUAUUGGUUAUUGACAUUUGGAGGGAAAAUUGUUACCGAUGACCCGGCUUUCCCUCUGCCUCAGAAGCUGUCAGUGAGCAACAAGUAACAAAUCUGGCACGUUGAAAAGCGGACCCGUUUUUGGUCAACUGUCGUUACAUGACACAGGAUAUGUUUCUGCAUAGACUUGUAGAAAAGUUGCAACGUUUUUUAUAAUUUUUUUUUAAAAAAAAGAGGAAGGGAAAGGUAGUGGGCAUGGCUUAGGAAAUGUGAUUGGCCAAUCAAAUUAAGUUGAUUCGAAGGGCCUGAGAGAAGGGCAAGAGUGGGGAGAACAUCGGAUAAAGAAUUUCGCAUGAUUAAAAUCCCUAAUCUGCUGCGAAUGGACAAAUAAGUUGGGGAAAAGCAGGAUGGAAAAAAAACGGACAAAACCUGCAGUGACUUCGAAGCUGCUGCUAGGAUUGCCUUCCCACGUGUGGAAACACAAAGAAAAAUCGAGGUCAUUUGGAAGCUGAACAGCGGAAAACCACUAGUGCGGAAUCACCCUAUAUAAAAAGCUGCCUGUUUUAUUAUUGAAAAUAAUUAAGAUGGUAGCACUGAUAUAUAAUGUCACCAGAAAAGAAUAUGCCAUUCAAAUGUUUGUCAUAAAUUUAUAAUGUUGACUUUUUCUGUUUCAACAUAAAAUUCUUUGGCCUGUUUU